UAUGGAAAUUAAUAGAAAAGGUGCAUUAAGUAGAACGUUACAUUUAUGUGUAUUUAUGAUACACCAUCUAACACAUAAAGGACACUAUAUAGCAUAAAAAUGCCUGUUGUUACUGUGUUAAAGGAUGAUGCAAAAUCAACUAAAGUCAGGGUUGAGGGACAAAUCUAUAAUUUUGAUGACAGAACAGGUACUAUGUUUAAAACGUUUCUGGUCUCCAUGGUCUUUAUCGGAUUUUGUCGUUGGCGUAUCUAACGUAGAUAAUAUAUCACCAGUGUCGGACUAUAUGAGGGCAGACGUAGAAAAUACACCCGUGUUUCAAAAGCGUCAAAUUAUGAGGUUUAAUCUAAAUAUCUUUACUUAUUCAAAACUGAAAUUUAAAUUUCAUAUCAUACACCAAAUAGAGCCAGGGGAAAAUGGCGGAACGUCUUACGUAUGGAAUUCAGUUGUAAAAGACGUCGAAAGUCAGACUGUUUUACUUGAAAGAGCCGUCAAACUUGUAACUAUAGACAGAACUUCACGUAAAGCAGUGGAACUUCCAACGUGGUUUAGACAGAAGUACCAUGAUCCGAAUCCUAAAAUGAAAAGAUUAAACGAUUUACCAGAUAGUUUCAAAACGAUAUUGAAUCCUCCUGAUUUUCCUCCUGAUUGUUACCAAUGGAAGACAACAGUACGAUACAGCGACCUCGAUUUCAAUAUGCACACACACCAAUCUGUGUAUACAAAAUUUUGUUUAGAUGCCAUAACUAGUGCUGCUCUAAAGAGUAAACUUCAAUAUUUCAAUACAGACAUUUGUUUUUAUCCAUUAGAAUCCGUCGAUAUAACAUUUAUAGGAGAAAGUUUUGCGGGGGAUGAACUUUUAGUUAAUAUACAACAGGAUACGUCCGACCAGACGAUUUUUCGCUGUUUGAUCGAAAACAACAGAAAACCUGUCACCUACUUAGUAUUUAAAUUCGGACUGACAACUCUUUCAGCAUCAAAACUUUAGGAAACGUUUGUGUGUUUUCAUUUUAUAUGACAAAUUGUAUACUUAACUAUUUUUACAAACUGGUAUGUCACCAGGCAUACCAGACAAAAAUAUCAUGCAUGAAAAAACUAGUGUUUGAUACCCUUUCUUUUUUAGUAAAUAAAGGCAAUAGUGGUAUACUGCUGUUCAAAAUUCAUAAAUCUAUUGAGGAAAAACAAAUCCGGGUUACAAACUAAAAAUGAGGGAAACCCAUCAAAUAUAAGAGCAGAACCACGACACAUCAGAAACAUAACACUAAAAUGUAACACACACAGAAACGAACUAUAAUAUAAUAAUGGCCAUUUUUCUGACUUGGUACAGGGCAUUUUAAGAAACAAUGGUGUGUUGAACCUGGUUUUGAGGCUAGCCAAACCUCCCGCUUUCAUAGCAGUGUUAAACAUAACAUUAAAAUGACAACAUUAUAGGACUGCGAUACAAAUAAAUGGGAGAACAUACAGGACAGAGAAACACACAAAUUAUAGCAGCUAUCAAAAGGUACCAGGCCUAUAAUGUAACACAUCAGACGCGCGUCAAUAAUGUCAAUAACCCACAUGUUUUCAUUCAAAUGUUUAUGGUUCAUUGUAAGUUUCUCUCGUUUUAUACAAUCAUAUUUUGCUGUGGAAAAUAGAAAACUGAAUUCAAAUUAAUGGUUAACCGUUAGUAUCCUUCUCUAAUUGUAUGCAAAACAAUAAUGCCAUUGUUCGAAAUUAUUCUAUCAUAAUCAAACGAUGUAAUUAAUUUCAUCCAUGAAUUUAUUUUACACCAGGUAUAUUUUCAAAACGUUUCUUUGCUAUUACCAUUUGACUAUUACUACUGUUUGUAUAAGUGUUUAAGAUCAAUUCAGAGUAGAUUGGAUAUGUCACAGAUUUUGAUAAAAAUUUCCAUAGAAUUUUGGCUAGCCGUUCUUCAACAGAAAACGGGAAAAUAAUGCGUUUAUCUGUUUAUUUUUUUGUAAUAUAACUGAUUAAAUUCUUUAAAAAGUAGGUGAA